AUGGCUCAAUUGCCCGAGGGCAUCACAGAACUACUGCAUCAUGAAAAGCUGCCUGUGCCUUUGAUCAAGUGUCUCAAUGUAGUCAUUCUUACUGCAACAAAUGUUAACGAGCUGGACCAGCAGUGGGAUUGCCUAAUUGAAUUAUCAGGGUCUAGUGGCCUGCUAAUAUCAAUGAAACCAUUUGUAUCAAAGCGCUUGGAGACAAAUCUUUCAGAUGUAGAAGCUGCUCAACCUCUAUCAAAACUUGGUCUUGAAUUCCCAGACCUUUAUAUUGGUUGUUAUCGGAAAUCCAGAAAUGGGCCUUUGAUAAUUAGCUUUGAAGGCAAGGAUCAAGUGAGAAUAAAAGCAGCUGCUGAAGCACUGUGCAUGAAGUUUCUUCCUGGAGCAUUUUCUGAAAUUAGCUGA